ACUUUAGUUUGUUGACUUCUGAUAAAAUUUUGUGUUAAGCUAAAAUAUUCCUUUAAUUACAUCACCAUGGAUUUCAAAUGGAAAUGCUUGAAAUUUGAACGUAAUGAUGUGAUAAAAAUUCCGAAAUUGCAAAAUUGUAAUUUCGAUCAUCCACUGAAAGAUCAAAAAGUGAUGAUGUUUGACAGCAAAGGAACAAGAAAUCGUCUUUCUAUGCUUUCAUCUGUAUCUUCAUCGAAAUCUUCACUGGAUCCUUUAUCAUCUCUAGAUGGCUUAGAUGAUCCUUUGAGUCAAUUUGCCCGUCAGGAAAUUGACCCGUUGUCACAAAUGGCUGCUGAACUUGAGGCCACUUCUAUCUCAAACAAUUCAAAACAAAGAGUGAAAUUGGAACCUUCAAUUGAAUCUUGGAGUUCAAGACGUGCAGUCAUUUUGAACAAAUACACAACUUCCGAGCGAUUAUCAAUUGCUACAAGUUUCUUGGGAGGGGAAAAUGUCAUAAAGAAUCAAAGUACAGUUGAGAAAGUGAAACAUCGACUGGAACAACUUGACGACUUUCAAGACAUUCAUUACAUGCAAAAUCUGACACAACAAGAAUACAUGGCGAAAAUUCAACUUUUAAACUCUGAACUUGUUGCUGCUUGGAGAACUGAUCAAAGAGUGAAAUCACUUAAAAUUGCCAUACAGUGUUCGAAGCUUCUCGCCGAUCCGUCUUCAGUUAUGCAAUUUUAUCCAUCAAAGUUUGUUCUCAUCACUGACAUUCUCGACAUAUUUGGUAAACUUGUUUAUGAUCGACUGAAAUCUAAGUCAGAAAAUGAAAAAUCGUUACCAGAAAACUUUUCACCCGACAUGAUUCCAGAGUCUGCGAAGGAAACUUGUCUCAAUUGGUUUUAUAAAAUUGCCUCAAUUCGUGAAUUACUGCCACGACUCUACGUUGAAAUGUGUCUGAUUCGAUGCUACAAAUUCAUCAAUCCAAAAGAAAUUGAUCAGUCGCUUCAAAGAAUUUCAAAAAUGAUUCGUGGAGUUGGCGAUCCAUUAGUUGCUGCUUAUGCCAGAUGUUAUUUGAUAAGAAUUGGAAUUUCUGUUAGCAAUAAUCGAGAAUAUAUGAAAGAAACUUUUGUCGAUUUUCUAGCAACUUAUCAGACGAUUUUCAUAACAGGGAUUAGAGCUGAACUUUUAAAACAAAAUAUGAGUUUAAGUGUUUACCUUUCACUUUACACUCCAGCUCUUGAUUGGAUUGUUCAAAACUUCUCAUCGAAUGCCAGUGACAUAACACUUGAGGAUAUUUUAAAUCAAUGUAGUGAAAAAAAGAAUAAUUCACUGCUUUUAAUGACAAUCUUGCAUUCAUUUCGACCAGAGUUCUUAUCAUUUCAUUCGAUUGAACUCGUUGGAAUUUUAGCUGAUGCUACGAAUGAAGGCAUUAGUCGAGGUGCUUUAUUUCGUCAAUUGGGAAAUAUUUUGAGUUUAUUUCCACCGCCUCUCGAUCAACGCUUAAUGGUAUUGAAUGAAGCAUGGAAGACAAUCAACACAAUUACAAACAUCUCCGAUUACAUUUCAUGUGUUGAGCUUUGGUCGCAAUACGUCGCUGCCAAUUUCGAUACAGAAAUCAUUAAUAAAUUUCUCGGUGAUAUUUUAAUUCGAGUGACGCAGAAACGAGCUUUUGAGAGAUAUUACGCAGAAUUACAAGGAAUUGUUGAUAAGAUUGUGACAAAUGUUAGAGAUUUCGAAGGACUCAUGGUGAUGGACAAUUUCCUUCCACUCAUUGAUCUGUUUCAAAAAGAAUCAAUCAAAAUUGAUGUUUGUAAAAACAUUCUUCAAAAGUAUAAAAUGUUUUGCGGAAAUGAAGAAUUUGAUGUGUCAACAUCGAUUAACGAUCCAGUCAUUAUCAACGCUUUCAUGUGUGUCACUAAAGUUUUAAAUGAUGGCGUAAACGCUUUAACAACGGAAGAUGAAAGACGAUUCAUCAGCAAUCUCAUAAGUUUCUUUAUUCUUCGUGUCAAUUAUGGUCGUGAUUUUGAACAGCAACUUUCAUUUUAUGUUGAUGCCCGAGCAUCAUUUCCAAAUCUCGAUAGUGUUCUCUUUACUCUUGUUAAUUGCGUUAAUAAGCUUUCAAUGGAUACUCGAACAAUUGUCAAAGGAAAUCAUACAAGAAAAACUGGACCUUUUGUAAAAGCUUGUGUUGCUUACAGUUUCAUAACAAUUCCAACAAUAAUUUCAACGAUGCAACGAUUAGAUCUUUAUUUGUUAACUGGUGAGGUUGCUUUAGCGAAUAUGUGUCUUGGACAAGCAGAUGCAUGUCUUGAAGCAGCCUUAAAUCUCAUACCGGAAAUGCCAAAAACACUUGAAGUCGAUGGAAGGCCGAGAAGUUCAGAAUUUUAUCUUCAAAGUUAUGUUACGAAGUUCCUUUCACUUCUGCUUGUUGUGCCGGAUUCACCUGAACAAGGCGUUCUUUAUCUCUUAAGACUUUUACUAGAAAAAAUCAAAGAAUUUCAAUUUGAAAGUGUGCAAGGAAGUUUAGCGUUUAUCUACAUCAACGUUCUUGACGUGCUUUGUUGGUGUGCACAGGGAAGUUAUCCUUAUCACUUCCACAAUGUCGUGUCGAAUGAUCAACUUUAUGGAAGUGAUCCAAAAUUUAUCAAUGAGAUAAAUGAAAUAUCAACAGAAAUUGUUGACGAAUUGUUGGUCAUCAUGAAAUCUUACAGCGAUAAAGUUAAACUUCAAAGUUCCAUUUCUUUAGAAUUAUUCGAGCGUGUCUCAGUCAAAGCCGAUUUGAAUGAUGACAAAAUAUUCCAAUUAGCGUUAAAUUUAUGGAAUUUAUCAAUAAAACAUCGUCAGACACUCGAUCCAAAAGCUCACAUGAAAAUGAUUCAACAUUUGAUGAAUGUGAAGGCGUCAACAAGGAAUAAAGAUUAUUGUCAUCGAAUGGACGAGUUAAUAAAUCGAAUAAAAAGUAAAUUAUGAGAUUGUGUUCAUUAUGUAACAAACAUUAAUAUUAAAACAUUCCAAAUUAAAUUUUAUGAUGUCACGAGAUUCUUGAAGCAAUGUUUAUGAAUUUAUUUAUUUUUCUUUAUUCAGCAAAUAAAAAUGUAUGAUUUGAAUGAAGCUGCUUUAUAAAUGAAAUGCAUAAUGAAAA